UAACGAUGCGACAGAAGAAUACUCUCAGAAUCUCUCGCGGAGAAGGCUGGGCUUGAGCAUAAUUCAAAAGGGCCAAGUGCUAAUAGAAACAAUGUUUUUCACACCGUGUAAACCAUUGCUUUUCAUAUGCUUCUUUACAAUCGUAGUAGUUACUUACUCCAGUAAUAUUCCAGAUGGGAAUCAAAGUAAAAUAAAGAUCACGAACGAUUCGCUCCCUAAUAUCAUAAAUGCUAUUGAUGAAGGGGGAAUUGCAAUCGAUGACGAAACACCAACGGAAGAAAUUGAGACGUUUCAACGUGGAGAAGAAGACGAGCAAGAAGUUGGGGAACCAUUGGAAGCUGGUUUACCACCCGAUGAUGCGUCUAACCCUCACCUCGAAGAAGCUAUCAGAGCUUUAAAAUCAAGCAAAUCUGAUCUAGAUGAUUUUCUGAAGUCUCUCUCUAAUCUAGAGCUAAGAGAACUUCUAAAAACUGCAAACAUAUCAAGCGAUAAAUAUGAGGGAGAUGUCGACCUUACGAGAGAACAAAUCAUUAGACUUAUUCAAUUCCUCGAACAGCUUGAAUCUUCAAAAAGACUCAGCGUUUCUGGCAACAUCAAAGAUGAAGAUGCGUAUGAGGAACAAGUGGGUGUUGAGUAUAAAUCGCUUGAAGACAAAAUGAAAGAGAUAAAGAAGAAACAUAUGAGAGAACAAGACCCGACAAAACAUCGUGUUAAAAGGAAAAUGUUGAGGCGUUUCGAUAGUAAUGAAACAUGGACAUUCCCUAUCAAAGUAUACAUUGAUCCAAAAUUCGACGAUGACACUUUAUUUCUCAAUGCCGGGAGGACCAUCAGAAAGGCUCUAAAAGUUUGGGCGGAUAAAACAUGUGUUAGCUUCACUGAAGUGUCUUCGCCUACCACGACCUCUGGCAUAUUCUUCAAAAGUGGAACGGGAUGUACCUCAACCAUAGGGAAAGCCGCCAGUGAUGUUGCUAUGAACGAAAUAGUUUUAAAAUAUCCAAACUGUUUCAGUGAUGGUAAUAUUCAGCGUCAAAUAGGCCAUGCGUUGGGUCUCGUACCCGAAUUUGCAAGACCAGAUAGGGACUCUUACGUCGAAGUGCAAGGCGUUAACACCCGCCCGGGAAUGGAUUCGUCUUUUCUUUCGUUUAAUUGGUUUCAAUCUCUGACAGAAAAUGUGGAGUACGAUUAUGGUUCAGUUAUGCAAGAUCGAGAAUCGCAUUUUGCCAGACCGGGUACCACAACAUUGCUGGCCAAGUUUAGCGAAUAUCAAAAUACAAUGGGACAGAAGGCAGGCCUUUCUUUCUCCGAUGUGAAGAUUUUCAAUUAUCAAUAUUGUAGUGAAACGUGUCCAGGCUAUUGUAAAUUGGAAUGGUCCGAAUGCAAGCACGGUGGAUACAGAGACCCACUCAACUGCGAUGUGUGUCGAUGUCCUGAUGGAUGGAGCGGUCCAAAAUGUGAAACGCUGCAACCUGCCACAAAUGCUGUUUGUGGUGGAAUAAAGACUGUAGAUUCAACUCCAAGAACAUUGCAAAGCCCAGGAUACCCAACUCCAGGAUAUGUCCUUCUCACUUCGUGUACAUGGCUGCUUCAGGCACCACCUGGGCAACAUGUAAAUGCACGUGUCGUCGGCGAUUUUGAAACAGACUGUGCUAGCACGAAUUCACCUGUAUGUGACCAUGAUUGGCUUGAAAUUAGAUAUGCAGAUCUUGGACAUACUGGACCAAGGUACUGUUGCACUGGAAAACCGAGCAAAACGUUUGUGUCCGUCGGAAACGAAAUGAUGAUCCUCCUUAGGUCAAAUGAUGUUUUCGUUGGUAUCGGCAUGAAGACCGGAUUUCAACUUGAAUAUUUUUCUACGACAGGUGAUACCAACGUCCCAUGUAAAUAUCUGAAGCUUAAAGAUCUUGACAAUAGAGAACAAAAAUGGAGAGAGGGAAUCUUUAAAAAACUCGCUAUGCCAUGGAAUUCUAAACCUGUUUACAAGCACUUGUACGAACCAGAGUACAUGUACUAUGAGUCGGGCGACUGGGUUGUUGGUCCAGUGAUAGGAGGGACAACUGCAGGGGUUAAAAUCCAAAGCAAUGCGGCGUCACCCGACGAAGCAAUUGGAACAUGGAAGUCGUACAGAUCCGAAGAUUGGCUCACAGAACCUCGAUUGUCAUUAACGUGUUCCGAUUUAUGUGACAGGAUUUGGCUCAGCGGUAUUUCAAAACAGUCUACAUACAAUUACCUAAACGGAGCUUACACGUUGUUUGAAAUAGACACCAACGGAGCACCAGUCUACAAAAGGACGACCUCCUCUGAUGGGGUUGUAACACUAAACAUGAUAGGCGGAAAUAAAUGGCAGUUAAAGUCUGAUUCACACACGUUGGUAUCACCUUUUACUACGAUUGUAACAAAUCCAACAAAGAUACCAAAUACAUGGUCGAUUGACGAUGAGAAAAUAAAAAUUGAGUGUUACUUUGGGCCUUCACCAUGUGACUCAAUAAUGGUGUCCGGGAUCAAAGAUUACCAAGCAAAUCGUAUGGGACUUUAUUUCCCCGAAGGACCGUUAUAUAACGGACGUCCUAUGUACAAGCACGAAUCUGGGGAUCACGUUAUGUAUCACAAUAUCAUAAAUGAAACUAGAAGGUAUUGGAUUAUCGGACCGGAUAUGAAAGGAGCUGGUGGUGUGAUGAUCACAGAUACAGCCAUGGUUCCCGAAAAUAUCAAUGCUGAUACGUGGCAACUGUUUGAUGGCGACACUAUCCAAUGGAUAGACGUCAACACCGGAUCAGCAAGCUGCGCGAAUCUUGUAUUUCCAUGGUGGCGGCGGGGAAAAGACAAACGCUUCAGGAGAGCAACUACACCAUGCGAAAAGCUAUUUAUGACUGGCGGUGACUUACAAUUAAGCAGAAAAGGCGUUUAUACAUUGCAAACAGGGACUUUGAAUAGUCGUCCCGUGUACGAGCACGAAUCUGAGAACUCAUAUCUGUAUUAUGGCACAGAAGGCUGGAGCAUAGGGGCUUCAUCAGGGGCCCCUACCUAUGGUGUAAUUGCUAUAGACCCCGCUUUGCUUCCUUACGCAGUAGUUGAAACAUGGGAAGUUUUCAAUGGUGUUGAGUUCGUGGAUGACCCAGCGUGGACUGUGUCGUGUUUUCAAGCUCCCUCUGCUUGUAAUACGAUCCUUUUCGACGAUGAUCCCCGUCAACAGUUUCGACAAGGUCUAUACUUUCUGGAGGCGGAGACAUUUAACGACCGUCCUGUAUACCAACACGAAUCGGAUGUUGAGUUCCUGUUUUACAAUGCUGACCUUUAUAGAUGGUUCAUCGGGCCUGAAAUCGGGGGAGUUAGAGGUGGAGUAUACAGUAUCGACCCCUCUCUUACCCCAGAGGCGGUUAGCACAACUUGGUUUGUUGCAGUUGCUGGCGGAUCGUGGGUACCUGCUCCAAAAUUGAGCGCAAGAUGCUAUACAGUUGGAGCUGAAAACAAUUGCCCGAAGUUUUUCCUCGGUGGUUAUCCAAGUGCACAACUAAACCGCCAGGGUGUAUUCUCCCUCAGUACUAAAAAAGUAAUGAAUCGAGCAGUGUAUGACCAUGAGGGUGGAAGGGAAUAUCUUUACUAUAGCAAGCCUGCAAGGGCAUGGACUGUGGGCUCUACCCCAGGUUCUUCGUCAGUUGGAAUAAAGGGAGAUGACACGGCAUUGACGCUAGGAGCCUUGAGCAGUAAUACCAAGUGGUCCGUGGUGAUUGGGGGAAAAUGGGCAGCAGCUUCAACGCUUAAAGGAGAGUGUAUGUCAGAUUCGCAACCAUGUGCAACACUUUAUAUCGGUGGAGUAACUUGGGAGCAAACGGUUAACCCGAACAUACUCGGUGUCUACGUCUACACAGGAAGCACUUCUGGAAACAGACCAGUGUACAAAAGCGAAAAGGGGCAAAUGUACCUGUACUAUUUACCACAGUAUGGCCUCUGGGUGUUUUAUACAACAGUUGGUGUGGCACGAUGUUACAUCAAAAUCGCAGAUACGGCCCUUCAUCCAGAGGAUAUCACAGCGUCUUUGCAGGAAUGUUCCCAGACAACACUAUCAGGGAUGAAUUCUAUAGCACCAUUUUGUUUCGAUGAGCCAAACACUGAUUCGUGUGACAGCCUUCAAGUGACCGGGUUCAGUGUGCCCCAUGCCCAAUACAAUGGUCGCUAUACAAGAACUGGAACUGUCGUCAACUACAGGGCAUCGUACAAGCAAACGGGACGCAACUUGUAUCUGUACUACAAAUUUGGCCUAUGGCUUAUUGGUGAUACUUUGGAUAGUGGCGUGGCCGGUGUAAAGGGGGAAACAAUUGAAAUCUAUCCGCAAAGAGCGACGAAGUGGGAAAAAUAUUUUUCCGGUUGGAAAGUUGAAUCAACCGCUAAAGUAACUUGCUGAUUGGAAUGAAUGGAUUAUUUGGGAUGUAAGGCAGUAAGCUAUAGUAUCAACAGUGUGCAGAAUUAACUUCAAAAUAAAAUGUACUUCCCAUUCUGGACAAAUAAAAUGUAGAAAGAAAAAUUGAUGCGCACGUGGUGCAAGACAAGUUUUUAUAUGCUAUAUUUGCCCAUUGUAUUGUCCAUUUGCAUACUUAUAAGAGUCUAUAAGUAUACGUGGUGCAAUAUUAGAAGAGUAUAGCACCAGAUGUGUUAUUCUCAGAACAUAGAGAUAUUUAUUCAAGAUGCACACCCUCUGUUAACAACAGUUUUGACUGAUAAAAAGUAACUGUCGUUUUUGAUAGUCGUAUCAUUUGAUUCAAAGUAAUCACACGACGCUUACGAAUUCCAAACUACCAACUGGGGUGCCUUAUUUUACAGUAUUGUAUUCAAAAUUUGAUAAAAUCAAAUCUCACAUAUACGUCAUCGUUUUUUAGCUCAGUGUAAGAAGGCACACUUUUUCGUAUCGUAUCAAAACAAAAGUAAUGGGGAUUAGAUUACAAUUUGUAAAAUUGUACUUGACAGAGGUUAUAUGUAACAAUAUAUUAUAAGCAUCCCCCUACAGACGGAGUUACGUACGGCCGACAUUAUAUUUAUCCAGACCUUUAAGAAGAAUGGCUAGUUAUCCAAGACCAACGUAGUCACUUGAUCGACAUAAUGAUGUAUAUUAUUAGAAUGUUUCUAAACAAGGACCUUCUUAAACACGAAAUCAUAUAUUCAUUCUACAGCAUAUCGAUGUGGAAAUAUACACUUCUUAAUAUAUAUAAAUAUUUGCAAACUAUUAACUUUUUAAUGAAUUUUAAAUAUUGCAAAGAUGCAAAGGAAAAUACCAAAUUGUAUGAUGGUUAGUAUUAGAAUGGUCCAUAGGCAAUGCAAUUUGGUAUAUGAUAUAUAACAUGUACAUGUACAUGUCAAUGUAAAUUGAUUUGUUUGGAAACCAAAUGUUUGGCUAAAGCACACUAAAUCUUGAUGUUUAUUUGACCAAUAAGCUUGUGACAAGUUUGUAAAAGACAUACAGAAUAUCAAUAAUAAAUGUUUUUAAAUAUGCUUGUUUGAAUAUCUCAUAAAAUGUAAUAAAUGUAGUAAAAUUAGUAAAACAGUUGUUUGACUUCAACUCCAUCCCUGCUAAACUGUAAUUCCUUUAGAAUUCUUCUUCCAUUCCAUUUUCCUAAAAUUGUAUUCAAUGGUAGCAUUGGUCACCCUCACUCAAAAGUAACGUAAAUUCUUCUAAACUAUGGACAGAAUUGAUUUUGGAUACAGACAUCAACGAUACAGAAAAUCAAUGUAAUAGACCUGACACACCCAGACAAGCUUUUCUAAAAUUAUUGAUAUAUGCCAAAAACUUAUUGCUGGAACAAAAAUGAUAAAGGUCUCAUUGAGUAGCUCUGAUAUUUGAUUUUGAUUGUUGAUUCCAAUUUGUCAAUGCUUACAUAAUGUGUAACCAAUUUCUUGUUAUAUUUAUAAGACAUAUCGAUGAUACGCUUGUGCUGCUUUGAAUAAGCUUUAAAUAAAUUUAGUAAAUCCAUAGCUGAGAAAAUACUUGUCUAAAACCGAUCCAUUUUUGGGACACACAAUAUAUCAUUCCUAGACAUUCGCAAUAACCAUAUAUCAUUUUGGAUACGAAGUUUUGCUAGCUGUACAUCGUUUGCAUAUUGAUUAUCCCAUCCAACGAAGUUUGGAGGGAUAUAGG